CAUUAUUAAGCUGAUGAAAUUUUGUUUUAAAAUAUAUGGUUGUCACUGUAUAUAAGUAAAAAAACAAUGCACUUGAGGUCAGACAAUUAUUUUUGAUAAAUUGAUCAAAUAACCGCUGCUUUCACAACUAAUCACUGUAAUGUCAAAGUAUCAGCCAAAACUGGAUGUUGAGAAAACACAAGAAGCAAUCAAGUUUAUUAGGAAUUGUUUCCAGAAACAAUUGUCAGCGAAACUAAACUUGUUACGUGUAUCUGCCCCACUAUUUGUACCGGCCAACAGUGGAUUACAAGAUGAUUUAUCCGGUGUGGAACGUGCAAUUAUGUUCGAUGUUAAAUCUGGUGAGAUAGCAUUGAUUAAUCAAUCCCUGGCCAAAUGGAAACGUAUGGCAUUACACAAAUAUAAACUAAAUCAAUACGAUGGAAUUUACACAGACAUGAAUGCGAUUAGACGUGAUGAAGUUAUCUCUCCACUGCACUCAUAUUAUGUAGACCAAUGGGAUUGGGAGAUCAUUAUUCAAAGAGAUGAACGAAAUGACGGAAAAUUGGAGGAAGUAGUUGAGAAGAUAUAUGACUCUAUGAAAGUAACUGAGAACAUUUUGAUAUCGGCAUACCCGGUGUUAAAUCGCAAGUUACCGGAAAAUAUUAAAUUCAUUACAACGCAAGAAUUAGAAGAUAUCUACCCCGACAAAAAACCGGCAGAACGUGAAUAUCUUGCAGUUAAACAGUAUGGUGCUGUUUUUCUCAAACAGAUCGGAAAGCUUCUGAAAUCCAAUACGAUACACGACAAUCGAGCCCCAGACUAUGAUGACUGGGAAUUGAAUGGAGAUAUACUAGUUUAUAGUGAACACGACGAUAGAUGUAUAGAAUUGUCAUCAAUGGGUAUCCGAGUGGAUGAGUUGUCAAUGGAGAGACAGUUGAAAGAAAGUGGUUGUGAAGCACGUAAACAGCUUGAAUAUCAUCAAAAUGUUCUGAAUGGUAUAUAUCCAUUAACGAUAGGUGGUGGAAUAGGACAGAGUCGAUUGUGUAUGUUCUUUAUGGAGAAGAAACAUAUUGGUGAAGUGCAAGUUAGUAUAUGGCCUGAACACGUUCGUCGUGAAUGUGAACAGAAUAAUAUAUUUCUCCUGUAAACUGAACGAAAUCAUUUUCUCUCAGCUUUAUUGUUGAAAAGAAUGUGAAGUGCAUGAAUAUUAAUUGUAUGUAUGUUUUCAUAAAUGUCGUCCUUUCAAUGUUUGUGUGAUUUUGACUUUCUUGUGUUCUCGACUAUGAUAAUGGCGAAAUAGAUACUGUUUCAGCUAAUCGUUAAAUGAAUGAAUAGAGUUUCCACGUAAUUUGAUUGUGUGAGUGAGUUAUUGUCUAUAUAUCACUACUACACUAAAUUCACUUGCGCAUAACACUACAUGUAUUGAGUGGAUGCUUUGAAUUGUGGUGUUUUUAUAUUGAGUGAUAACAAAUAGAAACAUUAGAUUCAGAAUUUUCUAUCGACUCAUCUUCACAAUGAAGCGUUGCAACUGGCAUAAGUAACUGCUACGUCUAUUUUACAAACAAACUAAUAGGUUCCAAUGUAUAGUCGCACUACGAAUAUCAUAACUGAGUCGAGAUCCAUGCUCAUCUAGCUGAGGAGUCUCGACUAGACUGAUGAAUAACAAUGGUGUUCCUUAUCGAAUAUUAUCAGGGUGUAACUAAGUCGUAUCGAAGCAUGUAUAUUAGAAGCCCAUGUGUUGAAAGUGAUCAAUUGUUUCUAUCCUAAAAAUUCACAACACCAUAAAAUCAUAACCGAACGUUUAAGGCGGCAUCGACUAGGAACACAUUGUGUAUUAAUUAGAUGGAUUGCUUAAUUUUCUCAUAAGUGAAUCAAAAUAGAUCGAGAAAAUUAUUUGGCAUUCUGGAUCUAUGCUUUUGCAAAUCAUUUUAAUAUCACUGAAUUGAUGUGAUGUGCAAAGUAAACUUAAUUUUGGUUAUGGGAUCCACUCAGACCAUACGGCUAUACGAUUUGGAGAAAACCAAAAACUAUUCAUAGUAUAUUUUGCUUUGUAGUGGUAAAUAAAUUCGCAAAAACAAUUGCUCUGUAAGUGUUCGACAUAUGAUGCUGAGCGCAUACGUUUUACUGUACUCAUCUAGCUGUAUGUCCUCGGUCAUGCAUCCGCACCAGAUCACGAGUGGGUACGCCGUGCUACACAUCUCCUAAAACAACUAGCCAACUCAGAUAUAUUGCUCCUCAAUAUAUAUUUAUAUCCUCGAACCUCUUCACUUCUGAUUCGACUGGGAUGGUAUAUUUAGAUUAUAAGAGGUGUUACUGGUUAAAGCGUUGUCAAACUCCGAAUACUCGUGGCAUCUUUACGUCACUCGGAUGAUGAGAAAACUGGAUUAUAUACACACAAUCCAUUCAAACUACCUCUCAGUUUCUCAUCUUUCAUUUUAUUCAAUAUCAAACUUUUAAAGCAAUUAGUCCCUUUUAUAAAUUUCGAUAGAACAAUGAGAAGACGGAGUUGAUCUGAAAAAUGUG